UUAGUUGGUUAAGUGUAAUGAUCUAUCAUUUCUUGUUCUCAGCUUGCUUUUUUGGUCAAUGAUGUUCUAAUCUUGAUUGCCUCAAAAGGGUGCUGCUGGUUUAUAAAUAUACCAAUUGAUGGCUGAAAUAGGGAAGGCAUUGACAGGAUAUGUAGUUGGAGUGAUUGUUCUAGCUUUUGCACUUUUCGCGUCUGCUGAGCGAAUUGCAAAUGAUGCAACAAGUGAUGACUUUGAAUCAGGACUGUUCAAGCUUCUGCUUCACAAGGCUAAAAUGCAUUACCAACAUUUUUGGCCCGACUUGGAAUUUGGGUGGAGAGUAAUUGUUGGUUCUGUCGUUGGAUUCUUUGCUGUCAUUUUUGGGAGUUUAGGAGAUGAUAGGGGAGAUGGUAUCUUUGUUCCCAUGCUUAUUUUGAUCAUUGGGUUUGAUCCAAUAGCAUCAACUGCAAUUUCAAUAUGUAUGAUAACAGGUGUAUCAGUGGCAACUGUGUUGCUAAGCCAUCCAAUAAUUGAACACCCUAUCAUUGAUUCUGAUCUAGCCCUUCUUUUAACACCAAUGCUGUUGCUAGGGAUCAGUAUCGGAGUUGUUCUUAACGUUAUUUUUGCUGAGUGGAUAGUUAUAGUUAUGUUGAUCAUUCUUAUCAUAGGGACUUCAGUUCCAUCAACUAGGUCAUUCUUCAAGGGUGUUGAAGCAUGGAAAGAAGAAAACAGAAUGGAUAAGAUGGCCGCCAAAUACUUGGUACCUCCCAGUGAGUAUUUGUCACAACCCAAGUGUGAAACUGCAACAGAUGCUGGUGCUGAAGAUAUUAUGUACAAACUUCUGCCUAGAGGUCCAAGAAUUAGAAAUGAAGAGGUGAUCACUUUCAUAUUUCUUCUCCAGGUUGUGUAUACGAAGGAUUUCAGCAUACUUAUUGCUGUGUGGGUCAUUUUCCUCGUUCUGCAUAUUGUUAAGACAUAUACAUCAACUUGUUCAACGACAUAUUGGAUCUUAAAUCUCUUACAGGUCCCUGUUGCUGUAGGAGUUUCUGCAUAUGAAGCAGUUUGCUUGUAUAACGGAACGAGGGUGGUCAUGUCAAGUGGAAAAGAAGUAAUAACCAUGUAUAUGGGAAACAGGGUGGUCAUGUCAAGUGGCAAAGAAGUGAUAACCUGGAAAGCGCAUCAGUUGAUCCUUUACUGUUGCUGUAGUUUUUUGGCAGGUAUAGUUGGUGGUCUGCUAGGUCUUCAUCGAGGAUUCAUUUUGGUUCCAUUGUUUCUACAACUAGGGAUGUUGCCUCAGGUUUCUAGCACCACUGCUAACUUUAUGAUGAUAUUCUCCUCUUCCAUGUCCGUCAUACAGUAUUACUUACUAGGACACUUUCCAGUACCAUAUGCCUUGUAUUUCGUAGCUGUGACCACUGUUGCUGCCUUGGUAGGACGCCAUGUCGUAGAUGAAAUAAUUCGCACUGUUAAUAGAGUAUCUGUGAUCAUCUUUAUCUUGGCCUUCACAAUCUUUGUUGGCGCAGUCUCAUUAGGUGGUGUAGGCAUAGCAGACGCGAUUAAGAGGAUCAAGAAAGGGCAGUAUAUGGGGUUUGAUAACAUCUGUGCAUAUAAGCCUUAA